AUGUCUGUCAACAAUGCCUGUUGCUCUAUUUCCCCUGUUGUAUGUCACAAAUAUGAAGCCAAGGGCGAGUACAUCACUUUGAAUGGCCUGAAGACCUACGUCACCGGUCCCGAGUCUGCAACCGAGGCCAUCCUCAUAAUUUAUGACAUCUUUGGCUUCUUCCCCCAGACUAUCCAAGGUGCCGAUAUCCUCGCCGACUCCAGCGAAACUCGUAAAUACCGCGUAUUCAUGCCGGACUUCUUCGAGGGCAAACCUGCCGACAUUUCAUGGUACCCUCCUGCCACUAAGGAGCACGCCGAAAGUAUGAACGCCUUCUUCUCGACCCAAGCGAUGCCCGAAAAGACUCUUUCAAGGCUUCCUGGUGUGGUGGAGGAUGCGAACAAGACCGCAGGUGGAGGCACAGGCUUCACAAAGUGGGCUAUCGUCGGCCACUGUUGGGGCGGCAAGAUCUCCAGUCUCAGCGCAGGCAAGGACAACCAAAUUUUCAAGGCAGCUGUGCAGUGCCACCCCGCCAUGCUGGACCCCGCCGAUGCUGCCGAGGUGAAAGUUCCCAUGGCUUUACUCGCUUCCAAAGACGAGCCGGCGGGUGAUGUUGCGGCAUACAAGGCCAACUUGAAGGUUCCCAAUCAUGUCGAGACAUUCUCUAGCCAGAGUCACGGAUGGAUGGCGGCACGCUCAAACUUGAGCGAUACUCAUGUGCAAAAGGAGUAUGCGAGAGGCUAUCAGACAAUACUGGGCUUCUUGGAGCAGAACCUGUGA